CACUCAUUGGUGGUUUGCCAGCCUCAGCAAGCAGAACAGCACGUUGUCUGUCCUUUACAGUGAUGUAGUCAAUGAUUUCUGCUCUGUAGCUUCUGUUUUCAGUACACUUCUGUUCACUGUGUCAGGCUGGCAGAUCUUCCCUGCGUUGCUCAACUGUAGACCGCUUCAUAGCUCUUGCACGGGGUUGAAACGAUGGAGGCUGUAGCUAUCUACGACUUUCGUGCCACAGAGAGCGAUGAACUCAGCUUCCAGAAGGAUGACAUACUUAAGAUCACCAAUAUGGAAGAUGACCCAAACUGGUACACAGCAGAGUUAAUGGGAAGGAAGGGCUAUGUACCCAAAAACUAUAUCGAGUUAAGGCCACACACGUGGUUUGCAGGCCGCAUUUCCAGGCAUGUGUCUGAGGGACGACUGCGCCAGCGGGAAUGUGGAGCCUUCUUGGUACGAGAGAGCGAAAGUGCACCUGGAGAGUUCUCCAUGUCAGUCAGCUAUGGUGAGCAUGUGCAACACUUCAAGGUUCUGAAGGACAGAGACGGACAGUACUUUAUCUGGGACGAACUCUUUUCAUCUCUCAACAAGUUGGUGGAUUUCUACAAAAGCAACAGCAUUGCUAAAGAAAGGACAGUCUUUCUCCGAGAGGCAGAACGCUCACAAAGGAGGCCACAUCAUGCCCAUGCACUGGUAGACUUCACCCCCAAGCACAACUCCCAGCUGCAGUUCCUGCGUGGUGAUGUCAUUGACCUCCUCGACUGCUCAGAUCCUCAGUGCUGGAAGGGACGCUGCAAUGGGCGCGUUGGCCUCUUCCCCAAGGAGUACGUCAAGCUCAUUUACCACUGACUCACUUCAGCAGAGCAUCAUACAGGGGAAGUCUCCUGUAGUCCUUUAUGACCAGGGCAGUGCACUCUGAUAUACCUAAUUCAACUUAUUAAAAAGACUGAUUAAGCAGGGAAAUUAUUGAAAUUCAUGUGAACUGCUACGGACAAACAUGCAGACAGGUGUAAUGUUGCGUCUGUGUCAAAAUACAUGUCUUCCCUGUUGAGCAGUGAACAGGAAGUCAGAAGGAACUGUGUAAUCUUUUUCUUUUAGCCUACAGCAUAUACAUGUAAUGAUAUAGACACUAAGAGUCUUUCUUUGGGCUUGCCAAUGAGGAAAGAAGAAACAUCACUAAACAAAGAAAAAGAGCAAUAGGUUCAAACCUAAAUGCAUUAUGGCACAAGUUCAAAUACAACAUUUUUGCAGCACUUUUUUUUGUAAACUAUUUUUUUUGCCACAACUCUUUAAUUGCAGAUUGUGUGUUUGUAGUAUUUUUAUAUACAGUGUGUGUGUGUGUGUGUGUGUGUGUGUGUGUGUGUGUGUGUGUGUGUGUGUGUGUGUUCUUGUUGUUAUUAACACAUUUCUGUUACAUGAGUUGGACUUGAUUAUUGCAGUAGCAAAGGGGAAAAUAAAUGUGUUAAUGAUAA